UAUUCAAAUUCAAAUAAAAGCAAUCCCAUACUCGUCCGCUGUCAAGUUUUGCACAAAAUUUAUUAGUCGUUCCUGAUCGUAGCUAUCGUUAACUUAAAAUGGUUACCACUCCAAAUAAACAAGUGACAUCAAAAUUCCAAAGUGCACACGAGCGGCCAGCAUCAUGCCAGAAGAAGUCGAGCAAUGACGUCAAGCCGGUGCCGACAAUCCCCCUGACGCCGGUGAAGCCCACCCAGAUCUCGCCCGGCAUGCGUUGCCUGUGGCAAAGGGGGAAAGCCAAUCAAUUGGCCAAGAUUGCACCGGCAUCACCUCCGGCCCCGCCAGCUUUGCCCACACCCAACCAGAUUGAGAAGAUGCCGGAAAAGCCGCCAACCGGUGAGCAGGAUGCAGGAACACCCGUCACCCCCACAAAGUUGGAGAAGGAGAAGCCUGUUCCCAAGUCAAAGACUUAUGUGGCAAGGCCACCUUUUAGGACCCGCAUUCCCAGAAAUGCGGCCGGAGAUACCGCCGGCUCAGCUCACAGACUACAGGGCGUGGUGGUGGUGGACAACUCCCGACGCCUGAUGUUUCCACCUCCAGGAAGGAAUCCCUACGCAGUGACCAGCCGGAUUUACCGACCCUCAACCUCGGGAGUGUUCGACUACGAUCUCUCCCAGGUGGAGAAGCGGGGCUUUGGCCACUGCUCGGUGGAUCCCAUGAAGUCAGUGCCGGCUACGGAGCUUCAGUUGCUCCACAGUGGCCAGCGCUCCACGUAUCUGGAGAGGCGGUACGAGCGUAGUCCCGACGACAAGUACAACUACCCCGAGGCUACCAGCUGGCGUUAUGGUUGGUUUCAUCGUCAGUCUGAUCCUUUCCAGAAGCGAGUACCUAGACGAGAUUAGCAGGAGUUGUAUGUAGUGUGCCUUCAUUUUGCAUCGUGUUUUGAUUUAAGAUGUCAGUGAAAUUAAAAAUAUAAA